AUGGCUGAUCCCAAAAAGCAAGAGAAGGACUUCACGAAGGAGGUCGAUGCGCUGAUUUCGGAGACCACAACACUUGCGGCAUCGAAGAAGCUGCAGGAGGCACUCGACAAGAUCUACGUCCUUGAGAAGCAGACUCGCAAUGCAUCUGACCUUAAGUCUACUACGAGACUGGUCAAGGAGGCCUCUGAACUCUGCUACAAGGCCCGGAAUUUCAAGCUCCUCAACAGCAACAUCAGCUCGCUAAGCAAGAAGCAUGGCCAGCUGAAGGCGGCCAUCCAGGCUAUCGUAGAGCAGGCGUAUGAGUGGCUCGAAGACAUCCGCAAGACACAGGGCACCGAGACGUGGUUGGAGCUCAUUGAGACGCUGCGGACUGUCACCGAGGGAAAGAUCUUCCUCGAAACGCCACGGGCUCGUGUAACUCUCCUCCUUGCACACCACCAUGAAACCAUCGCCGCCGCUGCCACUACCCCCGCCUCCCGCAAGGAAACCUUGCAACUUGCCUCUGAUCUCCUCAGCGACCUCCAGGUCGAGACGUACUCCUCGAUGGACCGGCGAGAAAAGACCGAGUUCCUCCUGGAGCAGAUGCGCUUACUGAUCGCGCUUGCGCGCCUGAAGGACAGCGACAUUGGGAAGGAGGGCAAGGACUCGAUCGGCGGCGGCGAGUCUGAGUGGGUCAAAGUGAGGGUGGGAGGUCGCAAGGUCAACGAGGAGUUUUUGAAGGACAAGGCGAACGAGGUAGGAGACUUGAAACUCAAGUACUACGACAUGAUGAUCCAAUAUGCGUUGUAUGGCAGCACAUACCUCGAUGCGGCGAAGUACUACCACAAGGUCUGGGAGACCCCCUCGAUCAAGGAGGACGUGAAUGGCCGCGGACGCGAGGCGCUAGAACACAUCGUCUACUACGUUGUCCUGGCGCCUCACGACAACGAGCAGUCUGACAUGCUUCAUCGACUAUUCGCCGAUCCUGCUCUGCCUAAGCUUGAACUACAUUACGCACUUGUGAAAUGUUUCACGACUCCCGAGCUUAUGAGAUGGCCAGGCAUUGAAGCCAUCUACGGACCUCAUCUGCGCAAGACUCAGGUCUUCACUUCGGAGAAGCUCUGGGAAGACCUCCACACCAGGGUCAUCGAACACAACAUCCGCAUCGUAGCGCAGUACUACACUCGCAUCACCCUCGCCCGCCUCACCUCUCUCCUCGAUCUGACGCAGCAACAAACCGAGGAGAUCCUUUGCCGACUCGUAGUCUCUGCGACCGUGUGGGCGCGCAUCGACCGACCAACAGGUAUCGUCAACUUCCGUAACAGCCGAAGUGCGGAGGACGUGAUGAACGACUGGAGUUCGGACAUGCAGCGGCUGCUUGGGUUGGUCGAGAAGACCUGGAUGGGCGUGAACGCCGCGCAGGCGGCACAGUCGAGAGCCAUCAAGGCAGCAUAG